UAAAAUAGGGGUAUAGCUCUCUCACCGCCCUUUUAUCGCAGGUAGGGCAAAUUCCUCUUCCCCCUCUCCCCUUUCGAAUCUUAAUACAGAAACAGUCAUUAUCUCCCUGUAUCGCCACCGCCUCAAUGUCUCAGGUUGACAAUAGAAACUCUUCCGCAGCGAAGCGUGCUAGAACCGAUGGUAGUCGUAGAGAAGAUGAUUGGACAUGCCCUAGUUGUGGGAAUGUUAAUUUUUCAUUUAGAACUACUUGCAAUAUGCACAAUUGCACUCAACCUAGGCCAGCUGUUCAUAAUUCAAAAUCUGCAGGCAAGCCUCUCCAAGCGCCACAAAGUUACUCGUCAUCUACUCCUUAUGUAGGUUCUGGACCACCAUCUUCAGUGUAUCUGGGUGUACCACCAUACGGUUCUUCCCUCUUCAAUGGUUCAUCUGUUCCUCCUUAUGAAGCUCCUUUUUCUGGAGGACCGGCUUAUCAUUACAAUUAUGGCAGUCGUCUUUCUGUUGGCAGUCCCUACCGGCAGCUGCAUGCGCCUACUGGACCACCCUCUUAUUCUAGUGGGCCAAUGAUAGGGAAUGGUAUUGGUGGGAUGUAUGGCUUGCCCCCUUUGAUGGACCGGUAUGGCCUGGGGUUUCCCAUGCCCCCUCCUCCAAUGGGACCGAGGCCAGGAUUUUUUCCAGAUGAUAAAUUACACAAAAAGGGUGCAGAUGCUACACGUGAUGAUGAUUGGAAAUGCCCAAAAUGUGGGAACAUUAACUUCUCCUUCAGAACUGUGUGUAACAUGCGGAAAUGCAGUACACCUAAACCUGGAUCUCAGACUCCAAAAUCAGAUAAAAGCUCAAAACAAAAGAUGCUGGAGGGAAGUUGGAAGUGUGAGAAAUGUAGCAAUAUUAACUAUCCGUUUAGGACAAAGUGCAACAGACAAAAUUGUGGGGCUGAGAAACCAGCCGAGUCAAAGAAGUCCCCCUCACCAACUGCAAAUGAGGAUGAUCAGUGAGUACUAGGACAUGUUUGAGGGUUGAGAAGGUCCAGAGUUAUCAUCCACCAUUGCUCAAUAUGGGUGUCUGAAAGUCAGUCUUGUCAUCCUUAUAUUGCAGCGAUUGUCAAGUUUCUCUUCCUUCUCAUGAUCAGUGUCCAGUUUUUGUAUUAAUACUAUGGGACUUGUGGUCUUUAUGGAUUGUUGCUGCAUUAUGUGUUAGCCAUCUCAAUCCGAAAAAUGUUUACAGGUUGGUUUCUGUUAGGUUGGUUUUGUAUUUUGCAAUCAGCUCAGCUAUUCUAGUGAGCAUGUUACUGUGAAUUUAGAUAUAUUCGUAGUAGGUAAAGACACUGCAGAUUGCACGUUUGUCGGUUUCAUUCAGUUCCGCUGUCUGUGUUGGGUUGUCGUUGUGUCAACCAAAAUCUUUU